CUCUGCGGUUGCGAGAGAGCAACGUUUGCGCGCGGCCGAGUCUCGAUAUUGCAAACCUGCUGCAAAACAGGCAAUUCCUCCUCUACGACGGAGAGACUCCCAUGCUGGCUUGUUGCACGCAAUUCACGUCCGCUUGCCCGGUAUGAAUAUCGCGCAGCCGGUGGCGUCGGCGCUGGAAAGCGUCGAGUUCACGUUUCUCUCGGCCGACGAGAUCCGUGCAAUUUCUGUCAAGCGGAUCGAGAAUGACAGCACAUUUGACAGCCUCCUGAACCCAGUGCCUGGCGGCCUAUAUGACCCGGCUCUCGGGACCUGGGGCGACUCUUUAUGCCGAACAUGCAAUUUGAACCAGGCGCAGUGCCCGGGGCAUCCGGGCCACAUCGAACUUCCCGUACCCGUCUACCACCCUGUCUUCAUGGACCAGGCCUACCGCCUGCUCCGGGCCCAGUGUGUCUACUGCCACCGGUUUCGCCUGGCGCGUCACGAAAUUCAUCGGUAUAUCUGCGUGCUCCGUUUGUUGCAGGUCGGUCUGAUCCGCGAGGCUCAGAUGGUCGAUUCCUUCUCUGCCGUGGAAUUUGGAGAGCAGCUGAGGAAAUUGAAAUUGAGCGACGUGCCCACGACGGAGGACGAUCAGGCGGAAGAGGAGGGGGACAAUGUACACGACAGUACCAUGCGGGCCAGGGAAGCAUAUGUGCGCGAGGUCUUGCGGGCUCACAGAUUAAAGGUCAACAUGGGCGACAUACGGAAGGGCAAACAUGAGGGCGCUGCCGAGAUGAGGCGAGCUCUCAUCAAGGAUUUUCUUGCGCAGAUCGUCAAGGAGAAGCGGUGCCGAAGUUGCGAUGGCAUCUCACCCGUCUACCGUAAAGACCGUUGGGUCAAGAUUUUCGAGCGGGAUUUGACAGAGAAAGAGAAGGCGGCCAUGGCGCAGGCUGGAAGGAAGCGCACGGACGCGCUCGCCCUAAGCAGGAAGGCCAAAAAGCAUGACGAUAUCUCUCCUGGCGACGAGGGAAUCGGCGAUAUCGACUCCUCAUCCGAAGGUUCGGCGGGAGAUCGCGACAGCGAGGGUGAGGGCGAGGAACUCGACGAAAAUGGAGACGUGGUCAUGACGGAUGCCGCGGCCAAACCCCGACGUAUCAAGUCCAAGUCCGCAGCACCUGCACAAAGGUAUCUCAGCACUAUGGAGGUACACAAGCGCCUCGAGUUGCUCUUCGAGCAGGAGCAGGAGUUGCUUUCCCUCCUUUACAACUCGAAACCCAGGCCCAGAGGCUCCAAACCUCUCACCGCCGACAUGUUCUUCGUGACAACCCUUUUAGUGCCUCCUAACCGGUACCGGCCAGAGGCCCGUAUGGGCGACGCUCAAAUUUCCGAGGCGCAACAAAACAAUCUCUACAAGAUGAUUCUCAGGAGUGCCUCCAAUGUAGCGCAGGUUACUCGAGAGAUCAGCGCCCAGAAGCACGAGGCGGCCGCAGACGAAGGUAGGAGAACAAGAGAUAUGAGCUCGCUGUACCAGGCGUGGACGGAGCUCCAGGAUGCCGUCAACUCCCUGAUCGACCGCGACAAGAACCCUAUUCGAGGUGCGGCUGCCAAGCGGAAUGAAGAGGGUAUCAAGCAGAAGCUUGAAAAGAAGGAGGGUCUGUUCCGGAAGAACAUGAUGGGCAAGCGUGUCAACUUCGCCGCUAGAAGUGUCAUCUCCCCAGAUCCCAAUAUCGAGACCAACGAGAUUGGUGUGCCUCCUGUCUUUGCCAGGAAACUUACGUAUCCUGAGCCGGUGACAAGCCACAACUUCAAAGAUCUCCAACAAGCUGUUAUCAACGGUGUUGACAAGUGGCCUGGCGCCGCGGCCAUCGAGAACGAGAAUGGCCAGAUUAUCAAUCUCCGCGCAAAAUCUCUCGAGGACCGUAUCGCCCUCGCAAACCAACUGCUGGCUCCCACUGGGAAUAACUUCAGCGGCACGCGGAAUAAGAAAGUACAUCGGCAUCUCACCAACGGUGAUGUGGUCCUGAUGAACCGGCAACCGACUCUUCACAAGCCGUCCAUAAUGGGCCAUCGCGUCCGGGUCCUGCCAGGGGAGAAGACCAUUCGCAUGCAUUACGCCAACUGUAACACGUACAAUGCCGACUUUGACGGCGACGAGAUGAACAUGCACUUUCCUCAGAACGAGAUUGCGCGGGUCGAAGCGCUCCAGGUGGCGGACACGGAUCACCAAUACAUCUCUGGAACGGCCGGAAACCCUCUGCGUGGUUUGAUCCAAGAUCACUUGUCCGUUUCGGUGGCGCUUUGCAGCAAGGAUGUCUUUCUGAACCAGGGCGACUAUAUGCAGCUUGUGUACAGCGCCCUUCGGCCGGAGAGCGGGCACAUCACGGGGGAGAGGAUUGAGACGGUGCCUCCGGCAAUCAUCAAGCCAGUGCCCCGCUGGACAGGCAAACAGGUCAUCACGACGAUCCUCAAGAACAUAAGGCCAGCCGACUGCGGCGACCUGUGGAUGAAUGGAUCUGCCAAGAUCAAGAGCAGCAGCUGGGGUAAGGACUCAGAAGAAGGCGAAGUGAGGUUCCGCGAUGGCGAAUUCAUCAGCGGUAUUCUCGACAAGUCGCAACUGGGGCCGAGCGACGGUGGCUUCAUUCACGCCGUGCACGAAGUCUACGGUCCAUCAAUCGCAGGGAAACUGCUCAGCUGUAUGGGCCGACUGUUGACGCGAUAUCUGGCCAUGAUUGCUUUCACCUGCGGCAUGGAUGAUCUUCGGAUGACACCGGAAGGAGAGAAGAACCGCAAGGAGACGAUCAAGACUGCUUCGCAUAUUGGUCUCGAGGUGGCAGCCAAGUAUGUCUCGCUCGAGGAACAGAAGCCCACGAAGGAUGAUCCGCUGCUUCUGGAGCGUCUGGAAGAGGUGCUCCGCGACGACAAGAAGCAGGAGGGUCUGGAGUUGCUCACGAGUCACGAGUUAGCCAAGCUGUCGACCGAGAUCACCAAGCUCUGCCUGCCUGCCGGUCUCGAGAAGCAGUUCCCCAAGAACCACAUGCAGUCGAUGACGAUUUCCGGUGCCAAGGGCACCCCCGUCAACGCCAACCUUAUCUCGUGCAACCUGGGCCAGCAGGUUUUGGAAGGCCGUCGUGUCCCGGUCAUGGUGAGCGGCAAAACCCUGCCCAGCUUCAAGCCCUACGACACCGACGUGAGGGCAGGUGGGUACAUUGUUCAGCGCUUCUUGACGGGUAUUCGCCCACAGGAGUACUACUUCCAUCACAUGGCCGGUCGUGAAGGUCUGAUCGAUACGGCCGUCAAGACAUCUCGCUCCGGCUACCUUCAAAGGUGUCUGAUCAAGGGCAUGGAGGGUUUAAGGGUCUCGUACGACUCAUCGGUCAGAGACUCCGAUGGCACGGUCGUACAGUUCUUGUUCGGAGAGGACGGCAUCGAUAUCUCGAAACAGAAGUACCUGAACGACUUCGAAUUUGUUCUGCGCAACCUCGACUCGCAGCUGCCGCAGCUUAGGUACCACGAGCCUGGGAUGCAAGCACUAUUUGAGCACAAAGAUGAGGUCAUCAAACGGAUGAAGAGCGCCAUCCGGUCGAGCAUCAGUCGCAAUCCCCUCGACCCGGUAGCGUCAGAGCUCGGUCCAAGCGCUUUUGGCUUUGCGACGUCAGAGAAGUUCUUUAGCAAGAUGAUGGACUACGUCAAGGCCAACAAGGACGGCCUGAUCAAGGAGAAGAAGGGGUCGGAGAGCCAAAAGGGCCAGAUCUCUCGCAAGACCGCUGAAAAGAUCCUGGCGGCGAAAUACAUACGGUCCUUGGUUGAGCCUGGCGAGGCCGUUGGGAUCGUUGCCGGCCAGUCAGUCGGGGAGCCGUCAACACAAAUGACCCUCAACACGUUCCAUUUGGCAGGGCAUUCGGCCAAGAACGUGACACUCGGUAUUCCGCGUCUCCGUGAAAUCUUGAUGACGGCCAGCGCCCAUAUAUCCACCCCGGCAAUGACGCUCGUCGUCAACGAAGAGCUCUCGGCACAAGACGCCGAGAGGUUUGCCAAAUCCAUCAGCGUCCUCCCGCUUGCGCAUGUCACCAAGGAGGCCGUCGUCCGGGAGCGGGUCGGGCGUGGCGUUGGCUACGCCUUGGCGAAAUCGUUCGAGAUCAGGCUACGCUUCUUUGAGGCAGAGGAGUACGAGAAGAUGUAUGCUAUCGAAAUCUCCGACGUGCUCAACACGGUGGAGAGGAAGUUCAUCCCACUGCUCUCCUUGCUCACGCGGAAGGAGAUCAAGAAGAAGCUUAGGGAGAACAGCGCUGCCACACCCCAGAUCGGCGUCAAAGCGGGUGUCGUGGAAAUAGCACCUAGCGCUGGGGAGAGUGGGACAGCCAUGGACGAAGGUGACGACGAAGAUGACGACGGAGAUGGCGAUGCCACGAGCGCCAAGGCGCGAGCGAACAGGAGCGAAGCAGUCUCGUACGGCCCGAAUGACGACGAUGACGAUGCGAUCCAGCAGCAGCUGCAGCGCGAGUCAGACGACGUCGAAGAGGGCGAGGAGAGGCUGGACUUCGUCGACGAGGCGUACGGCGGCAGCCCCGAGCCGGAGGACGAUCUGGGCAGCAAGACCGACGAGGAGCGGUCACGGUCCCGGGAAGCGCGCAUCAAGAACACGAAUGAGCAUGUCGCUCGCUUCCGUUGCGACGAGGUUGGCGGCGAAUGGGUCGAGUUCACGCUCGAAUUCGACGCGUCGAUUCCCAAGAUCCUCAUGCUCAGCUUGGUCCAGGAGGCGGUUAAGAAGUCCCUCAUCCAGCAGAUCCGCGGGCUCGGGAAGGCGACGUUCGAACCAAAGGUGCAGAAGGACGAGCAGACCGGGGAGGAGCGCAUCAUCGAGAUGCUCGUGCACACUGAGGGCUCCAACCUGCGGGCCAUGCAGCAGUAUGGAGACUACAUCAAUCCCAACCGGAUAUCGACCAACGACAUUGCCCAAGUGCUUGAGGUGUAUGGUGUCGAAGCCUGCCGUAACAACAUCGUUCGCGAGUUGAGCGGGGUCUUCAGCGGCCACGGCAUCGCCGUGGAUGCGCGCCACCUAAACCUCAUUGCGGAUUACAUGACGAGAAACGGCGGCUUCACGCCAUUCAACCGGAUAGGUCUGACGAGUAACGUGAGCCCUUUCACCAAGAUGAGCUACGAAACCACAGUUGGCUUCCUCAAGGAUGCUGUCCUCGACGGCGACUGGGACAGCCUCGCCACACCGUCGAGUAGGCUAGUGGUUGGCAAGCUCGGGACGGUCGGCACCGGCUCGUUCGACGUGCUGACGCGGGUGCCAACGGAGCACAAGAUCGCUGCCUUUUAGAUGCGCAUUCGUUUCUUGAUGAGACGACUUGUGCGUGAAGCAGGACAUGGGUUGGCAGGAUAUGGAGGUAUUGUAUUGUACGAGUCAAGUGGGCAACAUGUGUGCAAAUACCACACGGUCGUGGAUGGGCAUAAACAGCUACCUUAGGUACAUAUACAUGUACUUUUGAUACAGUUACCUUAAGUUUGAUAUUGAAUGGGUCACCGGAGUUUAUUAAGCAAUCCUAACCCUCC